AGCAGCUCGCCGUUGAGGAGCAACAUGGAUUCGGCGAAUCGUGGUCUCGCCGCGGGGAGCUCCAAUCGCAAGCGGGCUCGCCCAGAUGAUGGCACAUCAUCUAUUGCUGCGGCGUCCAGCCCCAUGCCCUCAUCUCCCCCAGCGUUCCACAUGGCGCAUGGCGCUGACGAUAUCGACGACGACAUCGAGGAGGACGCCGAGAUUCAAGAUGACAUUGACGAGAUUGAUGAGAUGGCAGAGGAUGAUGUCGACCUGUUCCGUGAUGGAUAUGAGCGUGAUUACCAAGAGGAUGAGAAUGAUAGAUACGAGGGUAUUGACAUCGACGAUGAAGGCAACUAUGAGGGUCUCGAUAUUGCUGAGAGGAGGCGCCUCGAGGCUCAGCUGAACCGAAGAGACAGAGAAGUUGCGCGACGUCAACGGAUUCCCGCCGCCUUUCUCCCUGGCGAGGAUGAUGAUGGCGAUAUCGACCUUACAGCACAGCCCCGCCGUCGCCGACACCGCUACGAUGAGGACAUGGACGAGGACAUGGAUGCGGACAUUAUGGCUGAGGAGCUUUCGCUUGAAGCUCUUCACGACGUCAAGGCUGCCAGCUUGACCGAUUGGGUGUCGAACCCUGCGGUUCAACGUACCAUCAAGCGCGAGUUCAAGGCCUUCCUUACCGAGUACACAGAUGAGCACGGAUCGUCAGUCUACGGUAACCGCAUCAAGACCCUUGGUGAGGUCAACGCCGAGUCUCUCGAAGUCUCCUACGAGCACCUUGCCGCAACCAAAGCUACCUUGGCCUACUUUCUUGCCAAUGCUCCUACAGAGAUCCUCAAGUUGUUUGAUGAGGUGGCCAUGGACGUCGUCUUGAUUCACUACCCUGACUACGAACGUAUUCAUUCCGAGAUUCACGUCCGCAUUUUUGACCUUCCAGUCCACUACACAUUGCGCCAACUCCGCCAAUCUCACUUGAACUGCUUGGUCCGGGUCAGUGGAGUGGUUACACGACGAACCGGUGUAUUUCCCCAGUUGAAGUACGUCAAGGUCGACUGCACCAAGUGUGGAGUCACCCUUGGUCCCUUCCAGCAGGAAUCCAACGUUGAGGUCAAGGUCACCUAUUGCCAGAACUGCCAGAGUCGGGGCCCCUUCACCCUCAACUCGGAGAAGACGGUUUACCGUAACUACCAGAAGCUGACGCUCCAAGAAUCUCCCGGGACCGUUCCAGCAGGACGUUUGCCGCGGCAGAGGGACGUGGUUCUCUUGUGGGACCUGAUCGACAAGGCCAAGCCCGGAGAGGAGAUUGAGGUCACUGGAACCUACCGAAACAACUACGAUGCACAGCUCAACAAUCGAAACGGAUUCCCUGUCUUUGCAACCAUUCUUGAGGCUAACAAUAUAGUCAAGGCUCAUGACCAGCUUGCAGGCUUCCGCAUGACUGAGGAGGACGAGCAGGAGAUACGAAAAUUGUCCAAAGAUCCCCAGAUUGUGGACAAGAUCAUCAACUCAAUUGCCCCUAGUAUAUACGGUCACACCGACAUCAAGACUGCGGUUGCGCUGUCCCUGUUUGGCGGUGUCGCCAAGACGGCCAAGGGUCUUCAUCAUGUUCGUGGAGACAUCAACGUACUGCUCUUGGGAGAUCCGGGAACAGCCAAGUCUCAAGUCUUGAAGUACGCCGAGAAGACGGCUCACAGAGCAGUCUUUGCUACGGGUCAAGGUGCCAGUGCGGUGGGCUUGACGGCUAGUGUCCGUCGUGACCCUCUGACUUCGGAAUGGACGCUGGAAGGUGGCGCGCUCGUGCUUGCAGACAAGGGAACCUGUCUUAUCGAUGAGUUCGACAAGAUGAACGACCAGGACCGCACAUCGAUCCACGAAGCCAUGGAACAACAGACGAUUUCAAUCUCCAAGGCCGGCAUCGUGACCACGCUGCAGGCCCGCUGUGGCAUCAUCGCCGCCGCUAACCCGAUUGGUGGUCGCUACAACUCCACGAUCCCCUUCUCGGCCAAUGUUGAACUGACAGAGCCUAUCCUGUCCCGUUUUGACAUUCUUUGUGUCGUCCGCGAUACUGUAGAUCCUGCCGAAGACGAGCGUCUUGCUCGAUUUAUUGUUGGCUCGCACAGCCGUAGUCACCCGACAACUAUGGCGGCGAGCCAAGCUGCAGAUGGCUCGAUGGAGGUGGAGCACGACUCUGAGCAAGCUGAUACGCAGGGCGGCGAGCGCAAGAAGGAGGGUGAGAUUCCUCAAGACCUGUUGCGCAAGUAUAUCAAGUACGCGCGUGAGAGGUGCUCGCCCAAGCUGUACCACAUGGACGAGGACAAGGUUGCCAGGCUGUUCGCAGACAUGAGACGGGAAUCCCUGGCCACGGGAGCUUAUCCAAUUACGGUUCGGCACUUGGAAGCUAUCAUCCGAAUCAGCGAAGCUUUCUGCCGCAUGCGACUCUCGGAGUACUGCACGGCGCAGGAUAUCGAUCGUGCCAUUGCCGUCACGGUAGAUUCAUUCGUGGGCAGUCAAAAGGUCAGCUGCAAGAAAGCCCUCGCAAGGGCUUUUGCCAAGUACACUCUUGCUCGGCCCGGUGCCGGAGCGGGUCGCCGGCUGGCCGGUACAGGGCGAGGCGGCAGAGCUUCGGCCGCUGCCAGCGCCUGA